CCUCGCGUCCCUCCUCCGCCCGCCCCGCGAAGUUCAAGGGAGGAGCCCGGCAUGGUUGAGAACUCGCCGGCCCCGCUGCCGGAAAGGGCGAUUUACGGCUUUGCGCUUUUUCUGGGCUCGUGGUUUGGCUUCAUUUUGUAUCUUAUCUGGGCUUAUGUUCCUGAGACUUGGCUCUUCUCCCUGGGACUGACAUACUGGCCUCAAAAGUACUGGGCAGUUGCUCUGCCAGUUUAUCUCCUGGUGACUGUGGGAAUUGGUUAUAUUUUGCUUUUUGGGAUUAACAUGAUGAGCACAGCUCCACUCAACUCCACUCACACCAUCACAGAUAACUUUGCAAAAAAGCAGCAGCAGAAGAAAUUCCAAGAGGAGGCAAUUCCAGCCCUGAGAGAUAUUCCCAUCAGUGAAGUCAACAGGAUGUUCUUCCUCCCUGAAAAAGGGAUCUGCAACAGCAGAUAGUGGUUAUUAAAAUCUGUUUGGACAAAGGAUUAAUAAAACUUACAGAGUUUUACUACUUAAAACCUCUCCAAGCUAAAAAUAAAAACUCUUUCAGCUUUUUUCCCCUGAAUUUCUAAUUAAAAUUAUUAUUAUUAUUAUUAUUAUUAUUACUAUUAUUACUAUUAUUAUUAUUCACCUUAAUAACCUGCACUGUUCUGAAAAUUAUGCCCCAAUAAUUUAUCUGGUUAUUCUUUAAAAAUUAAAAAAGUGGCUUGAAGAGUGUUCUGUUAUUUGCAGCUUUCUGCUUGGAAUUCCCCUCUGAGAGGGGAAAAAAGAGCAGCCUUUAGGCAGAGUUUAGUUCUAUUUCUCUUUGAAUUCAGGGAGAGAAAAUGUGUUUUGCCAGUCAAACACUUGAGGAUCUUUUUUCCAUUGUUAACUGGAAGUGUUUGCAUUGUAAAGAUAUUAUUGGCCUUUGUAAAUACUAAUAAAAUGUGGCUGAUUUUUCCA